GUGAAAACUGAGCAAAAACUUCGUCACAUCGAGAUUCAAGUGAUGGCAAGGAGAAGACAAAGUGUAGUACAGACACGCGAGCUCGAUGGAACUGAAUCUGACAUGGAGAAAGAGAAGAUUUCCAUUGACGAAGCAAACCGUCCAAUGCCUAUUCCAAAAGAUGGCUUUUCAUUUGAAAUGUUGAUAAGAAACAGAAAAGAGGUGGAAUUYUUUAGGGAAUUUUUAAGCAAGAAACACACAAAAGGAAUAAAGGAUUUGGUGGCUUGGACCGACAUGGAAACGUUUCGUCGUCUUCCUCGCUUCAUGGAAGAAAAACGGGACCAAAAAGCCAAAGAUGUCAAGAACUCUUGGCUAACUAAGAAAUACUUUUUYGGAAUGGACAGUCCUGCUACUCGAGAAGGGCAAGACUUG